GCACCGCAUCCUAUUCGCUGGGAUUUUUUUCAUUUGUUCAACAUAUUUAUAAACCAUUUCUCUCUUCUGUAAAACAUUACGUUGUUAUUUUGCAAUUGUUAUUCUCAUUAAUAUUCUCUACAACAAUGUUGUCUAGAUCCAUUGCUCGUGCUACAAGAGCUUCUGCUCAACAAAAGAGAUUUUUAUCUUUACAUGAAUUCCGUUCAGCUGCUAUCUUAAAAUCUUAUGGUAUUGGAGUACCUAAUGGUACUGCUGCUACUACUGCAGAAGGUGCUUAUGAAGCUGCUAAGGCUUUAGGUACUAAUGAAUUAGUUAUUAAAGCUCAAGCAUUAACUGGUGGUAGAGGUAAAGGACAUUUUGAUUCUGGUUUACAAGGUGGUGUUAAAUUAAUUAGUACUCCUGAAGAAGCCAAGGAUUUAGCUUCUCAAAUGUUGGGUCAUAAAUUAAUUACUAAACAAACCGGUGCUGCUGGUAAAGAAGUAACUGCUGUUUAUAUUGUUGAAAGAAGAGAUGCAAGAACUGAAGCUUAUGUUGCUAUCUUAAAUGAUAGAGCUACUCAAAAACCAGUUAUUGUUGCUUCUGCUCAAGGUGGUAUGGAUAUUGAAGGUGUUGCUGCUAAAGAUCCAAAUGCUAUUAAAACUUUUAGCGUUGAUUUAGAAAAGGGUGUUACUGAUGAACAAGCUGUUGAUGUUGCCUCUGUUUUAGGUUAUACUGAUGCUGCUAUUCCAGAAGCUGCUAAAACUAUUCAAAACUUAUAUAAAAUCUUUGUAGAAAAAGAUUGUACUCAAGUUGAAAUUAAUCCAUUAAGUGAAACUCCAGAUCAUAAAGUAUUGGCUAUGGAUGCCAAAUUAGGAUUUGAUGAUAAUGCUUCUUUUAGACAAGAAGAAGUUUGGUCAUGGAGAGAUCCAACUCAAGAAGAUCCUCAAGAAGUUGAAGCAUCUAACUAUGGAUUAAAUUUCAUUAAAUUAGAUGGUAAUAUUGCCAAUAUUGUCAAUGGUGCUGGUUUAGCCAUGGCCACUAUGGAUAUUAUUAAAUUAUAUGGAGGUGAACCAGCCAAUUUCUUAGAUUGUGGUGGUACUGCUACUCCAGAAACCAUUGAAAAGGCCUUUGAAUUAAUUUUAACUGAUAAGAAAGUCAAUGGUAUUUUCGUUAAUAUCUUUGGUGGUAUUGUCAGAUGUGAUUAUGUUGCUAAAGGUUUAAUUGCUGCUACUAAUAAAUUCAAAUUAGAAAUCCCAGUUGUUGUUAGAUUACAAGGUACUAAUAUGGAACAAGCUAAGAAAUUAAUUGAUGAAUCAGGAUUAAAAUUAUUUGCUUUUGAAGAUUUAGAUCCUGCUGCUGAAAAGAUUGUUGAAUUAGCUCCACCUCAAAGUAAAUAGAAUGUUAUACAUUGAAUAGAUAUAAUAUUAUGGUAGUGACUAGUCUAUUUGUAUGAUAGCAUGCAUUAAAUAUACAAAUAUAUUCGUAGGGAAGCACUCUGUACACUGUUGUCUGUCUGUCUCUAUAUAGUGCGCAAAAACGACAUUUAACUAUUUUGAAUAUUUACUUCUGACUGCGACACUAGAG